GCCACUGGGCAAGACAUUGCCCAGAAAACAAAAUAAAUCACCGGAAGGGUGGCAGAUGGGAGAAAAAACAAAAGUAUAACUCCUCAGCAUGACUAGACUUUUCCACAACCAAACAAAACUUAACACCAGAUCAAAUUGAUGAAAUAGUGGAUGUAUGUGCAGCUUGGGAUAUGUUAAAUGCAUUAAAAGAAAAACCUUAUAUCACACUGAUUGUUUGCGGGAAAAAAGUUGAAUUUUUAUGUGACACCGGCGCAUGCAAAACAGUUUUAAAAACUAAAAUAGAAGGUGUAAACCCCACAAAUGAGUCCAUUUGGGUGAAAUCUGCUGAUGGACAAACACAUAGAGAACAUAUGUCAAAAGGCACAUCUUUUAAAGAUCCUGAGACAGGAAUUAAAAUAAAAGCUUCUGUUGUAAUGUCACUUAAAUGUCCGACAAAUCUAUUAGGUAGAGACCUAAUGACAAAAUUAGGGAUAGCAGUAGUCCCUGUACAAGAUGGCAUGAGAGCUGUUAGACUAAAACAUUCUGAUCUGUACACAGUUCACAAGGAUGAAAAAAUCUACUGUUCAUAUGAUCUAAAGCCAGCUGACAAUCCUCAUGUCCCAGGAAAGCUUCUUAGAGAAGCUCGAGGACAGCUGGAUUCACCUGAAACAGAAAUGAACUAUAAUCAGUUGCAUGUAAAAAUGAACAUCCUAAAUGAUCCACAGGAUGAUUAUGUGCAAACGUUUUUAGAAACAAAUCCUGUGACACUUGCUGUGACUGAAAUGUUCACAGACCGGAGGUCUUAUGCAGCUGUGACUGUGCUCCUUCCGACUAGUCAAACAAAGCUGUAUAAAUUACCUGCAAACCCAUACAUUUCACUUUAUAAGCCGCAUAAUAAUACAUGGGCAGAUGUGGGUAACAGAACCAAAAUGGCUGUUGAAGCCACUGAUUUCAAAGAAGCAGAAAGAAUUUCUAGCACUCAUUCUGCACAAGCAGCAGAAUUGAUUGCUUUGACUAGGGCAUGCGAACUGGCUAAGGACAAGCACCUGACAGUGUACACAGAUAGCCAGUAUGUUUUCUCUACACUGUUUUAUUUUGCGAAACAAUGGGAGCGUAGAGGAAUGACAACCUCUACUGGGAGACCAAUAACACAUGCAUCUUUGCUUAAAGAUCUUUUACAAGCAAUACAACUCCCAACUAAACUAGCUGUAUGUAAAUGCGCAGCUCACACAAAAAGCAAAGAUGAAGUUUCAGAUGGAAACAGACUAGCUGAUAAAAUCGCUAAAGAAGCUGCAGCAGGGAAGCAUGGGAAAGGUAUAUUCUCAGCACAGACUGAAGGGGAACAACAAAUGAUAGACAAAACAGUACUAAAAGACAUGCAGGACAAUGCACCACAGGCUGAGAAUAGGCUGUGGAUAACUAAAGGUGCAAAAAUGAAUGUCGGGAACAUUUUUGAGGUUAAUGACAAACCAGUGCUUCCUAAGUCUUUAUUUAAAGCAGCUGCAAUUGUGACACAUGGGCGCUGCCAUGUGUCAACUGGGGGGAUGGAAUGCAUAAUAAAACAGCAUUUCACAACGUAUGGUUUAAAUUCUUACUUAAAAUCUUUUUGUACUGCAUGUCCAGUCUGUGUGAAAUACAAUCCUCAGGGAAACAUAAGGCCAAAACGAGGCAGGUUCCCAAAAUCAUCUUAUCCCUUUCAAACUAUGCACAUGGAUUUUAUUGAACUUUCACAAAGUGGGCCAUAUAAAUAUUGUCUGGUGAUGAUUGAUGCUUUUUCUAAAUGGGUUGAAAUAGUUCCAGCAAAGCAUGCAGAUGCUUUGACAGUAGCUAAGGCUAUUUGUAAAACUAUCAUCCCAACACAUGGCAUCCCACAGACUGUGUAUAGUGACAAUGGACCACAUUUUGUUAACCGAGUGAUACAAAACAUGGCUACACACUUGGGAAUGACAUUAAAAAAUCACUGUGCCUAUCGGCCACAGAGUGCAGGGCUGAGAGCUGCUAUCAGUGUCAGGCCGGCAUCACGGCGCCCAAUGAGCCUCAUUGUGGAGCCAGAAGGAGCAGACGGUCAGGCCUGCGAUCAAAGAUGGCUGCAGCUUCGCUCUUCAACAGACGAGACUCCUUCACUGUCCCCGAGAAUCGUCAUGGAGACGACGACAAGGCAAUAG